AUGGCAGCAACUCCGCCAACUCAGCGGCGUCCGAUCCGCAUCGGCGGCGCAUCCGGCGGCUUCACCGAUCGUGUCGCCGCGAUGAAGCGCCUGGCAAGUGAUCCGGACAUCGACGCUGUGGUAGGCGACUGGCUGUCCGAGAAUGUCAUGACGGGCUACGGGGCCGGCAAAGCACAGCAAGAUUCCGCCGCCUUGGCUCCCAUGCCCCUCUCUGAGCGAAAGAAGACAGCCAUGUACGCGAGUACCUUCCUCCAGUGCUUCGAGCCCGCGAUCGAGCAUAUCGCGCGGAACAAGACGAAGGUCGCCGUCAACGCGGGGGCCAGCGACACCGAGCUGCUGGCUCUGGUGGUCAGGGACAUGGUCCAGGAGAGGGCUAUCCUUACUUGA